AUGAGACUCACCGUCCUUCUUGCUGGCCUCGCCGCCAUUCUCCCCAUCUCCAUGGCGGAAGAGCUUGAUGCCGACGAUGUGCCUUCAGCAUGCAGGACCAUCUGCCAGCCCAUCGUCGACCUGAGCAGCGUAUGCGACAUCGACCCCAAGGACAACAAAACAAAGGACAAGAGGGGCGAUUUUCUCCUUGUGGCGAGAAGCAGGGCUGAAGAGGCCAUCGAGGCAAACUGUAUUUGCACAAACAAGAGCUUCGAUGUAGCCGCCGUAAUGGCCUUGUGUGAAAGCUGCAUGGUACAGAAUAGUGACGACGCAAAAGAUGUCCAGAAGAUGAUGAAGCAAUGCGACUUUACCUCCGCUUCGUAUGUGAGCGCAGCGACAAGUGUUGUCUCUGGCAUUUCGGUGGAGGCAACGAAGCCAGCUUCCACAGAUAUCCCUCAGAGUACUACUACGGAUGCAGCAGUUACUGCUACUGAGACGGCUGGUAGCAAUGCUGGGAAGAUUGUAGUUUCUAUCAUGGCUGUCACCUGGGCUAAUUUGAUGUUUGCGUUCUUAUUGUAA